AUGUCGUGUUCUUCAGCGACACUUGAUCAGCGCCUGGGUUUUCUACUGGUUUUCUUUUGCCUUGCUGGUAUCAAUCGAUCUUCUCAGAUUUCAGACCUGAAGUCGAAAAUCACGGGUGUGGAGGAGCUGCUGGAGGAGUUCCGCAAGCAGCUCCAGCAGGACGAGUCUUAUCAGACCCCGGAGGAACCAAAUGAUGCGUGUCUGAGUGAUUUCGACCUGGCAAACGAGCGCAUCAUCCGCGCCAUGGCCUCUAUAGAGCGCGGCGCUACCUUCCUGUCGGCCCCGGCUCGGGUGCGCAGCCGCCGGGACUGUGUGCGCGCAUGUUGCGCGGAGCCGCGCUGCAGCACCGCGGUAGUGCAGGAGGAGACGCAGCAGUCAGACACACCUGAGACAGACGGUUUACGUUGUUACCUGUUUAACUGCACGUACGGUGGAGCGAACGUGUGCGCGUUUUACUUCCAGCGGGGAUUCAGCACGUUCAGCCGAGGAGCGCGCAACAUCAGCGCCCCCCGAGAGCGGCAUCGCAUUGUGGGAAGACCUCUGGAUGAUGCUGAUGCAGAUGGAGACUCCUCCAUGAAAGAGCUGGACGAGCCUCCACGCAGCGAUGCUGGGCAGGACGUGAUGAUCCAGCUGCCCACAGACUGGGCGAUACUGGAUGGCAGGGACAGUAUGGAUGACCAUGGGGUUACCCGCUAUGAAUGGGCCCUCAUAAAAGGAGAUCCAUCCAUCAACAUGAAGGUCACCCACCCAGGUCUUCUGAAGCUGAGCGGGCUCAAAGAGGGUGUCUACACCUUUCAGAUGACAGUCACAGACACCAUUGGGCAGAGGAGCUCGGACAACGUCUCUGUGACUGUGUCGGCUCCUGAACAUCAUGCCGAAGUAUGUACUCAUCAUUGCUCACAGUACCAGUUCAUGUGUGAUGAUGGAUGCUGUAUCGACAUUAGCUAUGCAUGUGAUGGGAAACAGCACUGCCCAGAUCGCUCAGAUGAAGACUUCUGCAGCAACUUUGAUGGCGGGCGUAAGACGGUGACUCAUACACCCAGCGCUCCUUCUCAGAGCGGAGGAGCACGAGAAGCAGAAGGUCGAGCCAUGAUUCCUAUAAUAUCACAAAAUACUGAUAUUUCUGUACAACCCAAACAGCAAGAACUGCCUACAGUCAACCAAGAUCCCUGCAUGAUGCCACCAGUCAUCGGUCCAUGUAAAGGUGUUUUUCCACGUUGGUAUUAUGAUGCCACAGCUGGAGAGUGCAAACACUUCUUGUAUAGCGGCUGCAAAGGAAACCACAACAACUUUCUCCAGCGGGCUGACUGUGCGAAUGAGUGCAUCCAUAAACCUGUUCUGGUGGAUCGGCAAGCUACUUCAGCACCAUCACCGACCGUUCACGCAGAUACAGCUGACAGAUCUCCCAGUUCUGAAACAAAACCACAGAAUUCUGCACCAGUAUCACAGAAUGUUCCAACAGUAACUAAGGCUCAUACAGAACUAGGUGGACAACCACCUACUGAAUCAGGUGCGAUCCUGGCGCUGGUACUCGGGGUCAUUAUCAGUGCUCUGCUCUUGUUGAUGGUGGUGUGCAGACAACGGGCAGCGCGCUACAGGACGAAGAAAGCUCGACCACUCACCACAGAAGAAUCUGAUUACCUCAUUAAUGGAAUGUACCUGUAACGUAACACAUAAUUCUAUAUAUUGGAGAAACACACAGCUGGAGCAUUUUGUAUGUGUGUGUGUAAAUACUUGGACAGAUAUGACAACUAGAUUUAACAAUAUGAUGUAAAUUAUCAGCUGCCACAUGGUUGCAAAUGCCAUUGGUAUAUUUUGAUGUAAAGAAGUAUUUCCUUAUGUUUUCUUGGUUUAAUAUUAAAGUUAGUUUAUUAUGAAAAUACCCAAAAUUUAUGAUCCAUAGAACAG